AUGGCGGCGAGAGGCCAUGUGCAAGACCCCAACGACCGGAGACUCAGACCCAUAUACGACUACCUUGACAAUGGCAACAACAAGAUGGCCAUCCAGCAGGCCGACAAGCUGCUGAAAAAGCACAAAGACUUGCACUGCGCCAAGGUGCUGAAGGCCAUCGGACUCCAGCGGACAGGCAAACAGGACGAAGCCUUCUCCCUAGCGCAGGAGGUGACCUCGCUGGAGCCUACGGAUGACAACUCCCUUCAAGCGCUCACGAUACUCUACAGGGAGAUGCAUCGGCCCGAGUUGGUGACCAAACUGUAUGAGGUGGCGGUGAAGAAGGUGCCGCUCAGCGAGGAGUACCACUCGCACCUCUUCAUGGCGUACGCCCGUGUCGGCGAGUACAAAAAGAUGCAGCAGGCAGGUAUGGCCUUGUACAAAAUUGUCCCCAAGAAUCCCUACUACUUCUGGUCCGUCAUGAGUCUGGUCAUGCAGGCCAUCUCGGCACAGGAUGAAAAACUUUCUCAAACCAUGUUCCUCCCCCUGGCCGAACGCAUGGUGGAGAAGAUGGUCAAAGAAGACAAAAUUGAAGCAGAAGCAGAGGUGCAGCUCUACUUUAUGAUCCUCGAGCGCUUGGGAAAAUGUCAAGAGGCUUUGGAAGUCAUCAAAGGUCCACUAGGAGAGAAGCUGACCAGCGAGCUUCAGAGUCGAGAGAGCAAGUGCAUGAUGUUGUACCGGCGACUUCGCCGUUGGCCCGAGUGCAACGCUCUGGCUCGCAAGCUCCUUCUCAACAAUCCUGACGAUUGGCAAUUCUUUCUGGCCUACUUUGACUCGCUCUUCCACCUUAUGGAUCAAUCGUGGGCUCCGCCGGAGGAAGGAGAACACUGUUCAGAGGGAGAGGUGCACCACACGGUGGCGGAGGCGACUCUGUUCGUGGAGGAGAGGAUCGCGGGCGAAGACUGCAAAGAUGGCCGCGCGCUGCGAGGUCCUUACCUGGCGCGUCUGGAGCUCAUGCAGCGACUACGAGAGCGCCACCAUGCCGGGGAACGCCAGCUGGGAGAGCCUUUGGAGCUGAUGGUGCAAUUUUUCGUCAAGUUUGGCGACAAGCCUUGCUGCGUCACCGACCUCAACGUUUACCUGCACCUGCUAGACGCCGAGCAACACGAGCAGGUGAGCGAGCGCCGCCUCGUGCCCGAGGCUGCACCCAGGGGACCCGACGGCUCGGCCUUUCCAGAUGACGCCAAAUCGUUACAGAGGCACUUGUGCGCGUGUCAGCUGAGUCGGGCGCUGGGCCUGCAUCACGCCAUGGACUCCGCCGCCAAGCUGAGGCUCGCCGAUGAGCUCAAGGCGCACUAUCGACACGGCCUCAAGUUUGGGAAGAACGCGCUGAAAACGGAGCUUCAGUUUUCCGACAUGUACUGCCUGAUGGCGGCUCACGUCUACAUCGACUUGUGGACGGAAAGCGGAGACGAAAAAAUGGCGUGUCAGAGUCUGGGGCUCCUUCAGGAAGGCUUGGCCAACAGCCCGAGCAACGCUCAGUUCAAGCUGCUGCUGCUGCUCCUGUACUGCCGGCUGGGCGCCUUCGAGCCGGUGGCAGAGCUUUACGCCAGCCUGGAUGCCAAGCACGUGCAGCACGACACCAUCGGCUUCCUCCUGACGCGCUACGCUCAGUCCUUGGGACACUUUGCCGCAGCGUCCCAAGCCUGCAACUCCUCGCUCAGGUUUUUCCACUCCAACCAGAAAGAUACCUCCGAGUACAUCAUCCAGGCGUACAAGUACGGCGCCUUCGAGAAGAUCCCAGAGUUCAUCGCCCUCAGGAACCGACUCAACCAGUCGCUGCACUUUGCCCAAGUCCGCACCGAGAGGAUGCUGCUGGACUUGUUCUUGGAGGCCGACAUUGUGUCCAGUCUGGAAGAGAGCGUGAAGGCCAUGUGUUUGUCCGCGGAGGAGGACGACAUUCCCUGGGACAGCAUGAGAGACAACAGAGACCUCACAGUCUUCACCUGCUGGGACCCAAAAGAGCGGAGGUUGAGCGAGGAGCAUCGGCGGCGCUCCUUGGAGGAGGAGCGUGCGUGGCUGCGGUGGCGCUCUCUCACGCUGCGCCUCCUGGCCCUGGUGGCGGGGCUGGGGCGGAGAGCCUCUCCGCAGAACUCUCCGCCGGCCGCCGAGAACGGCGUGGCCGACAAGACGUCGACGCUACGCGGCCUCCUGGCGCAGCUGAGCCAGACCUUGCAGACGUUAGCUCGGCUGGCCGAGAAACGCGUACAGUACCCGUUCCUGGGACCGCCGGCCUCCCGUCUGGCCGGUGCCCUGUCCAGCGGCAGCUGCCAGUGUCAAGCGGCGGCUCUGCAGCUUUCGCUCCACGUGCACGAGCUGGACGCCGUCGGACUCGACGACUCAUCGGAACUCCAAACUCAGAUGUGUAAUGCCUUCAAGUCGCUCACUGUUCAGCUUCAAGAAAUGCUGAAUAAAUGCAAAGGAGACGUACUGGACAUCAAAGAUGGACAGUUUAAAAUCAACCCCUCUUUAUUAGAAAACCUCAUCUUCUUCAUGGAAACGGUGUGUGUGGUCUUGUGGGUCGCCGGCUACUGCACCAAAGUCCUUCGGCCACUUAAGUCCAGCCUACAGAAGAAAAAGAAGAAGAAAAAGGACACUGGCGUGGCUCAGCCGGCGGUGGUGUGCGGCUUCCAGGAACUGACGGCGAGCUUGCAGGACGUGCUGGCCCGAGCCCUGGAACACAUUAAGGCGCAGGAAGUUGGAAUUGCGGCGCUCAAGAUGGCCGACUUGUCCCUGGACGGAUCCACGGAGGAGGAGUCGUCGUUCACUCGUGCGGCCACAGACAAGCUGCAGAGCAGUCACCUGCGUUCACUGCAGGAGGUGUCGGAACUGCUGAGGAAACGAGCAGAUACUCUCAAGAACCUCAAGAUCUAA